CUGUCUGUCUGUCUCUCCCUCUCUCUCACUCUCUCUCUCUCUUUCUCUUGCAUAACACAGAACCUGAACAAACCAAACCAAACCAAAGAAACAAACUCAACAAACUGAAAAAACACACAAAAGGAACACCUUCUUCACGCAUCCCUCACUUUCUUUCAAAAGAAAAAUGGGUUUCCCCGUGGGCUACUCAGAGCUUCUCCUCCCAAGGCUACUUCUCCACACACUUUCUCUUCUUGGUUACCUUCGCAAAUUCAUUUCCACUCUUUUUCUCUAUCUGGGUCUCCCAGAUUUCCUCGAACCCGACAUUAUUCCCUGGCGUGACACCGUCAAUACCGACGUUUCAAACUCCGCCUCCUCGUCUCCAACGCCCCGCCGCAUCCCGGUCUCGGCUCUCCUCAUCCGGGAACUCCUCCCCGUCGUCAAGUUCUCCGACCUAGUCGACCCGCCGGACAGCUGCGCCGUUUGUUUGUACGACUUCGAAGGGCAGGAUGAGAUCAGGCGGCUGACCAAUUGUCGACAUAUAUUCCACCGGAGCUGUUUGGACCGUUGGAUGGGAUAUGAUCAGAAAACAUGUCCGCUAUGUAGAACGUGUUUUGUUCCUGAUGAUAUGCAAGAGACAUUUAAUGAGAGGCUUUGGGCUGCUUCUGGGAUCCCUGAAUUCUUCGGUGAUUAUUCUCAAAUUACUGCUUUUUAGCCAGAGCUGUCAGCUUUAAAUAACCCAAAAAACAAAAAGCAAAGAAAAAAGAUGGUGUUUUUUUUAAUUAUUAUAUUUAUUUUCCUUUUAUCUCAAAGGGGUUGGUGUUGUACAUAUACAUGAAAGAUCCGGCAACAUUACCACAAUGACGAAAAACCAAAAAAGAAAAUUGAGCUAUUGAAUCCCAGAGUUCUUUUUCUUUUUUUAUAAAUUUUUGGAUGAUAGUAUUUUGCGAUUCGUUGCUCCUUUUUCUAUUUUUUGGUUUGUUUUGGGUUAUUGGGUUUGGAUUUGAUGGUGCAUUCAAGUAAUUUUUUCGGGCAGGUUUGAUGAUAAUAAGUGUGGGUUUGAAUGUGAUAAUAAUGAUACUUAAGUUAUGGUAUAGAUAGGUGUAAGGAGUUUGGUGUGUGAAUAAUAUUCUUGCUUAGGUUUGUAGCUUUGUGAAUGCCUAUAUUCAAUCUCUAUGGAGAAUGAGAGUGACAGGAUUAAUUGUUGGUAGGGGUUUGGACAAAGUUGUGGUCUUUGGAAGAAAUAAAAUGGGUUUUGUUUUCACUCUCAAGGUGGGGUAAUGCUAGAUCUACCACUUGUUCAUGUAUCUAAUUAAGCAAAUAAAUAUCACAUUGAAUUUUUUAAAGGAAAAAAAAAAAACCCAAAACAUUUUUGAUUAAAUCCAUAUGGAUUUCAUUGCUCUUUUGAUUUUCUUCAGCAAUAAUAGUUCAUAAAUGAAUACCUAACAGAUGAUAAUCCCAUUGGAAUUUUGUGUGUUUUGUGUCGUCUUCAUCUCUCUUUCUUCUGUAGGGUACCCUCUGAAUUACCCAGCUAAAUCUUUCAAUUGCUAGGAGAGCAUAGGCCGGUUAAAGGAUACCCCAUCUUGGGCUUUGGUUUUAUAUUGUGGUUGGGCUGUCAAAAUUAGUGAAGAAACUAUUUUUUCUUUUUAA